AUGAUGAGAUUGAUAAUCGUGCUGGUGGCAUUCUAUUACUGCUGCUCUAUCGGGCAAUGCAAAAGCGCUACACUACAUCGAGUAAGCCGUUGCUCUGCUGGUGCAACAUACUGGUGUAGCUCGGCUGAGACUGCAAUGCAAUGCAAUGCCGUCGACUAUUGCCAAGUCUUUGCUUGGAGGGCAUCGAACAAUGAACAGCUGGAACUACAGCAACCAUUCCAUUGCUUGUAUAUAACACGACAAGUGAAAAGACUAUUGAAUCUUAACUUCACCAAGAAAUUUAUAAUUGAGCAAUCACGUAGAAUAUGUAAUAUCCUUCCUGGACAAUCGCGUGAAGUGUGCCAAGUUAUUACUCAAAAUUACUUUAUGAGCAUCAUUGAACUACUUCAUGUUGGCGCUACCACUGAACAGAUAUGCUACGAAGCGAAGAUUAGCAAGACUUUAGCACAAAGUGUUUUGCCUAUUGUUCCUUCAUUUCCUGGCUCAAAGAAUGCUACACUAUGUGGCUACUGUGAAUAUUUUGUUACAGUUGUUGAAGCAUUAUUUGAACGCAAAGGCGAACUUGAAAAUCUAAUACAGGUACUCGUUGACCGUGCUUGCGAGAGUUUAACCGAUGCUGCUCAAAAGCUGUGCAUAGAUUUUAUUCGAAACUACAUGCCCGGUAUCAUAAAAACUAUCGAAAAAUUACCUCCAAGGACAAUCUGUCGUUGCUACAUGAUUGCCCUAUAUACGGGUACAUUACUAGUAAACACCUGCAAGGAUUCAGAAGCUAGAGCUUAUACGCAAUUUUCCAACGAGAUUAACACUCUGAUGCCAAAUAAAUGCGAUUUAGGACCAAUCUAUGGCUGCAUCAAUAAGCAUACUUCUGAAACAUGCAAUAUGAAUAAACAAUGCCAUCCGUUGAUCAACUUAUAGAACCAAAUAUCAUUUCACUAAAUUUGUUAAUGUUAAAUUAUAAAUGACCUUAAAUAUAUUAUCCAAUUUAUCGCUAGUCAUAAGCUUAAAAUCAUCGUUUCUCAUUUUGUUAGCAUCAAUCAUUCUGAUUGAAUUUAAAGUCUCAUAAAUCAACUCAUACCUCAUUUUUAUUAGACAACGCCAUAAAAUAUAGUAUGGUGCCGUACUAGUUAUUUUUAAGAACUGAUUAGUUGUCAAAAUUUAGCGUAAUUCUUAUCAAUAGCAUAG